AGGAGAUGACCAGAGACUGCGGACAGUACAGGAGAUGACCAGAGUCUGCGGACACAGUACAGGAGAUGACCAGAGACUGCGGACAUGUACAGGAGAUGACCAGAGUCUGCGGACAGUACAGGAGAUGACCAGAGACUGCGGACAUAGUACAGGGGAUGAUCAGAGACUGCGGACAGUACAGGAGAUGACCAGAGACUACGGACAGUACAGGAGAUGACCAGAGUCUGCGGACAGUACAGGAGAUGACCAGAGUCUGCGGACAGUACAGGAGAUGACCAGAGUCUGCGGACAGUACAGGAGAUGACCAGAGACUGCGGACACCGUACAGGAGAGGACCAGAGACUGCGGACACAGUACAGGGGAUGACCAGAGACUGCGGACACAGUACAGGAGAUGACCAGAGACUGCGGACAUACUACAUCAUAUAAACACAGAGAGCAGUACACAGACAUG